AAUAUAUAAAGCCGUUUUUAACAUAUCAAUCAGACAGUCAGGAUAUAUUCGAUAUUUACUACCAUUCUUAAAAUCAAGAUUUUAGCUCAAGCUUUGCUUUUAAAGUAAAUAUUUCAAUAUUUCUGCUGGAAACUCUUCCUAGACUAACAGCGUACAAAAAGAUUCAAUUUGAUAAAUCCCAGGACGGUGGAAGAAUUGAAAGAUUUCAAUAUAUUGCAUCGUUAGAAAAAUUAGCAAUUCCUGAAUUAGCAUUGCUAAAGGAAUUAGCUAUUUCCACUGAACAUGAAAAACUUCAUAAUUCACUCAAAAUCGGUCGAAACUACUGCUGAAUAUCACGGUGUACUGUGUAUCUGCUCAACAUGGUUCUGCAGUAAUAUCAUUGAUUGCUAGAAAAUCUUAUAGCGAACCAAGAUAUUUCUUAUUAGUUUUUAAAAUGUUUGUUGGACUCUAUCGUAUGAUACAGGCAAAACAGAGUAUAUCUUAAAACCCAUGUAGUCUCGAUCGAUUUUGAGUGAGUUAUGGGUUUUUACAUUCUCGGUGAAAUAGCUAACGAUGGCUCUAGGCUAUCGAAUAGUGACAACGGGAUGUCUCUAUGUACUUUAUUUUCAAACGUUUUUCAAAAAGAGUUUUAUGGCAGAACAUUCAAUGAAUGGAGUUCGUAGUGAAUUGUGUCGAGGCUAUUAUGACUAAUUAAAUGUUAAAAUGGUAAAAUAAAAUUUCACAUCGAACAAAAUGGAAUAGGUGAAUAACAGCGUUGAUGAGAAGAUUAUUCGUCCAAUCUAUACAUUAAUAGGCCAAAUAUUUUCCAUAAUGUAACGCAUUCGUGUCUGUUUUAAGAAGUCAAAGCCAUUGCACCCAUUAAUUUCCUAUUACAAUUAAACUUUCAUAAUGAAGGAUAUAGAAACGUUUUUUGUCAAAUUUGAACGCCAACACUUCAGCGUCCCCAUUGUUAGCUUGAUCCCUUAUACAAUCAUACACAUACAAUCUCUAGUUUGCACCAUAAUUAUUUGUGACUUAAAUAUAAUACUCGAUUCUAUUUAAUAUCUGAUUGGUGGAUUCUUAAUUGGAAUACUGGAACACUGAGUAGAUUUGGCUGGGCACUUUCAGCGUAGAAAGAACAACUAUUUUUUCCGAUGCAAAAGUGUAAAAACAAAAUUUUUUUUUUAAAAUCGAUUGACCAGAGGAUGUAGUUUCAGAAUAUGUCUGAUUUAUCCAUAAACACUCUGCACAAUUUAUAAAAAAUAUUAUUCUUCGGUACACCCUACACUUUUUGACCUCGUUUUCGUGCUAACUUUUUCCACUUUAAUACAAAAGACAGAACAAAAAAUUUUACACUAUUAAAUAGGUCAUGAGUCAAAGUCUAUAUGACACUACUCAAAACUUCAAAAAGUUUAUUUUCAUUUUUUCACCUAAUAUCCACGUGAUUGUCCACUGUGUGGAAUACUUCGAAUAUGAUAUAAGGGAUUAUCUGGAAGACAGUGACUUCUGCUUAUCCCCACUCUUUAGUUUAAUAAAUUUUCUCCAUUGCAAUGGAGAAUUUUCUUUUUCCUAUGAUAGAAAUCAAGAACAGAACAGAACAGAAGAAUAACACGUUUUAACUAUAGAUAGUCUAGUAGAUAAAGACAAGUAUUUAUUGUUUUUUGCUUUUUUUUCUGCACGUUUAAGUCAAAAUAGAGGCGAAAGCAUCCAUUUGUUUUAAUCAAAACAGUAAACGUGCUUACAAAACUGAAAUAUCUUUUAUUACUCAGAUUAAUUAUUUACUAUCUGAUACCAGCGAUGAUGAACACAUAAUGAGUGAGAAUUCUCCCAUUGAUUAUUCUGUUGACAUUGUUACAGAAGCCGAUCUUCCCGAUUUGUUGCCAUUGAUGCGAGCAUAUUGUACGUUUUAUGAAGAAACCGAAAAUAUUUCACCGCAACCAACGGAUGAUUUAUUAUUGUUACUAUGUCGAAAAUUAAUCUCAGAUCCCGAACAUGAAGGCAUACAAUUCAUUGUUCGUCAACAAAACCGUUCGAUUGGUUUUGCUACAUUAUACUGGACAUGGCAAACAUUGACAGCUAGUAGAGUGGCAGUUAUGAAUGAUCUUUAUGUUGAGCCUGAAUCACGUAAACAUGGUAUAGCUACGAGACUCAUUGAAAGAUGUCGAGAUUACGCUCGUUCCCAUGGAGCUUCGUGUCUGAAAUGGUUAACUUCCAACAAGAAUUUACGUGCUCAAUCAGUGUACGAUAAAACAGGAGCAAUAAAAUCAAGUAAAUGGAUCGAUUAUGAAUUAUCGUUAUAG